AGAUUUAUAUUAAGUUAGAUCGUGCAAUGCGCGACGAUCGUGAUGAGGUCUUUCGUCGUGUUUGUAUUAUUAACAGUGCUAGACUUGUGUUUACCACUGUACCACGACCAGUUCGCUCUGCAUAUACCAGAUGGGGCGCAGUACGCGGAUGAUCUAGCACAUAAACAUGGCUUUAUCAACCAUGGGCAGAUCGGAAACUUAAGGAAUUUUUUUCUUUUUUCACAUCCUCAAAUUAGCAAGCGAUCUAUAAAUGCAAGUUAUGAUUACACGAAUCGAUUAAAAAACGACCCACAGGUAAGAUGGGUGAUGCAACAACGCGAGUUGAGGAGAACCAAAAGGGACCACCAAUUGAAGCCGAGACAUGUAAUGCGGCAAUCCAAUGCACCUUCCUUCCCGGACCCAUUGUUUAAAGAACAAUGGUAUUUGAACGGAGGCGCAGCGGGAGGUUUAGAUAUGAAUGUAGGUUACGCUUGGAGAAAAGGAUACACGGGAAAAGGGGUCGUUAUAACAAUAUUAGACGACGGCAUACAACCUAAUCAUCCAGAUUUAAUACAGAACUACGAUCCAGCUGCUUCCACCGAUAUAAAUGGUAACGAUACAGAUCCGACGCCGCAAGAUAACGGAGACAAUAAACACGGCACUAGAUGCGCCGGAGAAGUGGCUGCCGUCGCUUACAAUAGAUACUGUGGCGUCGGUAUUGCAUACAACGCUAGUAUAGGAGGCGUUAGAAUGUUAGACGGCUUAGUGAAUGACGCUGUCGAAGCUCAGGCACUCGGAUUCAAUACUCAUCAUAUAGAUAUUUAUAGUGCCUCAUGGGGACCCGAGGAUGACGGAAAGACUGUUGAUGGUCCAGGUCCAUUAGCCAGAAGAGCUUUUAUAAAUGGGGUAACAAAUGGAAGAGGUGGAAAGGGUUCUAUUUUUAUAUGGGCUUCGGGUAACGGUGGAAGGCAUACCGAUUCAUGUAAUUGUGAUGGUUAUGCAAAUAGUAUAUUUACGAUAUCAAUAUCAAGUGCUACUCAAGGUGGUUAUAAGCCUUGGUAUUUAGAAGAAUGUUCAUCUACGUUAGCAUCGACUUAUAGUUCUGGGACGCCUGGGAGAGACAAGAGUGUCGCAACUGUAGAUAUGGACGUACAGUUAAGACCAGAUCAUAUUUGUACAGUAGACCACACUGGUACAUCAGCAUCCGCCCCGUUAGCUGCAGGCAUAUGUGCUUUAGCUUUAGAAGCAAAUCCUUUAAUAACUUGGAGAGAUAUGCAACACCUUAUUGUUAUGACAUCUAGGUCACAACCUUUAGAAAAAGAGGAUGGUUGGAUUGUAAAUGGUGUUAAACGAAAAGUGAGCCACAAAUUUGGCUACGGGCUAAUGGAUGCCGCGCAAAUUGUAUCUUUGGCUGAACAAUGGGUAAAUGUUCCUCCACAACAUAUAUGUAAGUCUCAGGAGAUAAACGAGGAUAAAUCAAUUGAGACCUCUUUUGGUUAUACGAUAUCUGUACACAUGGAUGUAAAUGGUUGUAGUGGAACAAUGAACGAGGUGAGAUUUUUAGAACACGUUCAAUGUAAAAUAUCACUAAGUUUCUUUCCGAGAGGGAAUUUAAGAAUUUUACUAACAUCUCCUAUGGGAACCACGUCUACUCUUUUAUUUGAAAGGACCCAUGAUGCAACAAGUUCUAAUUUUGAUGACUGGCCAUUUUUAAGCGUACACUUUUGGGGUGAAAAUGCGGAAGGCAGAUGGACUUUACAAAUAAUAAACGCAGGGAACAAUCAUGUCACACAAACUGGUGUGCUUAAGAAAUGGCAAUUAAUAUUUUAUGGUACAGCAACAAAUCCAGUCAGAGUGAGGAAUAAAAGCUAUUUUAGUUCCAAUAAUUUGUUUGAGAAUCAAAAGAACUAUCACUUAAACGAUGUAUACGAUGCUUCCGAGUAUUCACAAUUUUUAAAUGAAAUUGAAUUGGGCCUUUCUGAUAGAAGGAGUAAUAGUAACAAUAUUCCAUCAGCACAACGUAAAAAUGUACUAGCAGAUGCCAAUGACAAGCAAGUACAAAGAAUGUGUGAUCCUGAAUGCGAUUCUCAAGGAUGUUAUGGGAAGGGUCCUACACAAUGUGUUGCUUGUAAACAUUAUCGUUUAGACAAUUCAUGUGUAUCGAGAUGUCCACCUAGAAGCUUCGUUAACCAAGGUGGAGUGUGCUGGCCAUGUCAUGAGUCGUGUGAAACAUGCGCCGGUGCUGGGCAAGAUUCUUGUUUAACUUGUGCUCCAGCUCAUUUACUGGUAACAGAUCUAGCAGUAUGCCUUCAACAAUGCCCAGACGGUUAUUACGAAGACCCAGACGCCAAUGCUUGUUUUCCUUGUGCUGAACAUUGUGACACGUGUGCUGAUAAAGCUGAUUUAUGUUCAUCAUGUGCUCAUAGUUACGUUCUUUUCAACGGAUCAUGUUUAGCAUCCUGUCCUCCUGGAACUUAUCAAAAGGAUGAUUUUGGAUGUGUUCAGUGUCAUGAGAGUUGUGAAUCGUGUAGUGGUCCAAACGCUACUCAAUGUGUAUCUUGCCGUCUUGGAGAUUUCGCAUAUGAAAAUCGUUGUGUUCCCCAAUGUUCAAUUGGAUUCUAUCCAGACAUUCAGAGAAGGGAAUGUUUACCGUGUCCUACAGGAUGUGCGGUUUGUUCAUAUUCGGUGUGUACUCUUUGCAUAGAAAAAUGGAUGUUAUCUAAGGGAGGAAAAUGUCUUCCUGGUGGAAGUAAUAAAUGUGAUACUAGCGAAUACUUUGAGGGCGGUCGCUGCAAAAAUUGCCAUUCCACUUGUGAGAAAUGUAGCGGACCAAAUGAAUGGGAUUGUUUGUCGUGCUCCAGCCCUUUACUACUUCAAGGUACAAGAUGUGUGGCAGAAUGUGGGCAAGGGUUUUAUCAAAUAGCUGGUAGCUGUUCUAAAUGCCCGCACACAUGUUCAGCGUGUGUAUCAAGAUUGAACUGUACAUCUUGUGCAGGAUCGUUGAGAUUACAGUCGGGAACUUGUAGAGGAAUUUGUGCAGCAGGAUACUACCCUGAUGAUGGGAUAUGUUCCAAAUGUUAUCUUUCCUGUCAGACUUGUACUGGUCCUAGAAGAGAUCAGUGUGCAUCUUGUCCGCCAGAUUGGCGACUUGCGGCUGGGGAAUGUAGACCUGAAUGUCCUCAGAACUUUUUCACAUGGGGUGAGAGCUGUCGCCGCUGUCAUCAUUAUUGUCAAGACUGUCACGGGGCAGGCCCCCAGCGAUGUACGUCGUGUCCUCGUCAUUUUUCCUUGGAGAAUGGUUUAUGUAUCGAAUGUCUCAGCUCUCAGUUCUAUGAGCCGAGAUCUAGAACUUGCCAACCUUGUCACGAGUCCUGUCGCUCCUGUUCAGGACCGGGGCCAACGAGCUGCGUCACUUGCGCUCACCCACUGCGGUUAGAUAGAGUAAAUCAUAAGUGCUUACCGUGUUGUAUGGAAAAUGUUUCAUCUAUGUUUCUAAUGCUUAAUGAAACAAUGGAUUGCUGUCACUGUCAUAAAGAUAUUGGAGGCUGUUUAAAUGGAUCAUCUGCUGGUAAACGUCGCAUCGCAGAAAACAUUCGAACUCAUUUAACAGCAUCGUUCUAUGUCGAUGAUGCGAAGGACCCGCCUAGUAUUUUACAGUUGGAUCGAGAUCUGGUGAUUGCGUGGUGCGUGGGCGCUGCUGUUGGCGUUGUUUUCGCUACGGUGCUUGUUGUAAUGGUAAGAACAAGGAAAAGAAAACACCUGACAUUAUUUCCAAAAACAUUAUAUUCCCAACUAACAACAGUGGAUGAGGAUUUAGUAAAGCUGGCCACAUCUACAACAAAAUUAAAAGUGACACCAAUCGAAAAUGUCGAAAUGAGAAAUACUGUGACCGAUAUAGAAGAACCAACAUAGCAUUUAAGUAAUAAAUUGCACCACUGACUGAUAUGUAGAGGUUUCAAUCAUAGAUAAAUUUAAUCGAAUGGUUAAUACGUUAAUUUUUAUACA